AUGAGGAUAAUCGCGCCGGUAUUUUUGGUCUUCGGACUCGUUUUGCACGCCCAUUGCAUGGCAAUGGAGAAGAACACGCCAAAGGAAGAUGAUACCGGUAUCUUGGAAUGUGUAUUCACCAACAAUGCCAGAAAUUGCCUCAGAACAAGAUUGGCCCGCGAUCUGGACCAGAUCGAAUUAGAAGUUACCGGGAAGAAAAGCGAGCCACCGAUGAGCGCGGUGAUCGAACAAGCUGGCAAUGUCAUCGCUCAAGUCGUUGAUGAUCUGCAGGAGAAUAAUGCGGAAGAAAUCGUCAAGGAAGAUGAUGCUCAGAAUGACAAUAUAGAGGAGGCACGCAAGAAAAAGUUCAAGAAGAAACAUCUGAAGAAAAUUCUGGGAUUAGUGAUGCUGCUGAAAGCGAAACUCAGUCUAUUGCUGCAGCUGAUAAGCACUCACUUCCAGUUCAAGUUCUUCAUCAUCGCCAUUAUCUCGUUGAUACUGAACGCUGCCAGAUUUUGGAUAGAGAUCAAGAAGCCUUCGAAAGUCAUCUACUACGAGCAUGCACAGCAUCAGCAUCACUACGAUCACGAUGAGCACGGUUAUUGGGGAAGAUCAUCGAAUGAGACACCUCAUGAACUCGCGUACCGCUCUUACGCACCCACGAACUGACAUCAAGAUCGCAUGAAUUUGACCAAGGGGACGAUCGUUUUAUGCGAGAAAGAUCAAAGAAGAACCGAACGAUGACGCAAAUUUCAUCGCGCUAUGAUUACCGUUUUAUCGUUCUUUAUUUAUUUUAUAGUUAAUCUUUAGUCCGAAAGUCAGGAAAUAUCUGACGACACACGACGUCGAUGUUUAUACAUUGUAUAGUAUUUAUUUAAUUUAUUUCAUGCUACG